UGCCCCACAUCUCUCUCUCUCUCUCUCUUUCCGCUAUGGGUCGGGCGCGUGGGUCAGCAGUCGCCGUGGGGCGCCCCAUAGCUCUGGAGCUGUCGUCGGGGGCCGCUAUGGGGCAGAAGAGCCUUCGGGACCUCCUUCGGGGCCUCUCCGUCCUCACCCUCUGCUCCUCCCCACACUUCCUCCGCUUCGCGCCGUGGAUCCUGGAGGGCUCCCGGCGGCUCUUGGGGCGCCACUUGUGGGUCGCGGCGCUGCGGGCGUCGUUCUAUGGGCACUUCGUGGGGGGAGAGACCCCCGCGGAGGUGAAGGCCGCAGUGGGGCAGCUCCGCGCUAUGGGGCUGAGGGCCCUCCUCGCCCUCCCCUGCGAAGAGCAGCGCCGCGGCCGCCCCACGGGAGAGGAGUGGUUCGAGGCCAACUGUGGGGCGGCGCUGCAAUGUGUGGGGCUGACGGCCGCUAUGGGGCAGGAGCCGAUGAUGCAGCUCAAGGUGACGGCGCUGAUGAGCGCUCAGCUCUGCGAGAUACUCUCGAAGCCCAAUUCGGGGCUGACGAUGGAGGUGGUGGAGGCCAUGAUGGACGGAGAGGAGCGGCCGCUGCCGGGACUCAGUGCGGCGCAGAAUGAGCACUUGAGAGCCGCCGUGGGGCGACUGCAGAGGGUCACCGAGCGCGCCGCCUCCUUGGGGGUUCGGGUGUUGGUGGACGCCGAACAGAGCGCUCUGAACCCCACGUUGAGCCUUCUGACGGUGGCACUUAUGGGGCGCCACAACCGCCAUUGGCCCUGCGUGUGGAACACCUACCAGGCCUACCUGCGCGGCUGUGGGUCGCGGCUUUGGGCCGAUUCGGAGUGGUUGAGGCGUCGCGGAGCCCUUUUUGGCGCCAAAUUGGUGCGCGGAGCGUACGUGGAGGAGGAAAAAGGGGGAGAGAACCUUCAGCCCAGCCUGGAAUGGACCCACCGGAGCUUCGGGCGCUGCGUGGAGUUGGCGUUGGCGCUGGCGCUGCGCUCGCGGCUCCGCGGCGCCGUUAUGGUGGCGACGCACAACGAGGACUCCGUCCGCCACACCGCCCGCAGGAUGGAGGAGUUGGGGAUCCCCCGGAGCGGAGGCGGCGUUUGCUUCGGACAACUCUACGGGAUGGGCGACCACAUCUCCCUCGCGCUCGGAGACGCCGGAUUCACCGUCUACAAAUCGGUGCCGUAUGGACCUCCCGAGGCCACCAUCGCGUACCUCGUCCGUCGCGCUCAGGAGAACCACGCGGCCUUCUCCGGCGCCGGAAAAGAGGCCAAACUCAUGGCUCGAGAGCUUUGGAGACGCCUCCAACCGUGGAGAAGAUGAGACCCACCUCGAACCAUCUCGAUUGACCCCAAAAAACCACCUCUGGGAUCUUCUCCAUCCGUCCAAAAGCCCCUCGAGACCUCAAAAUCACCCAAAUUGACCCCAAAAUGGACCUUUGGGACCUUCUCCAUCCAUCGCUGAGGUCCCAAAGCCCCUCGAGAUCCAUCGAGAUCUUCUCGAGACCCCAAAAUGACCCAAAUUGACCCCAAAAUGGACCUUUGGGACCUUCUCCAUCCAUCGCUGAGGACCCAAAGCUCCUCGAGAUCCAUCGAGAUCUUCUCGAGACCUCAAAAUCACCCAAAUUGACCCCAAAAUGGACCUUUGGGACCUUCUCAGUCCAUUGCUGAGGUCCCAAAGCCCCUCGAGAUCCAUCAAGAACCUCUCGAGACCCCAAAAUGACUCAAAUUGACCCCAAAAUGACCCAAAUUGACCCCAAAAUGGACCUCUGGGACCUUCUCCAUCCAUCGCUGAAGUCCCAAAGCCCCUCGAGAUCCAUCGAGAUCUUCUCCAGACCCCAAAAUCACUCAAAUUAACCCCAAAAUGGACCUUUGGGACCUUCUCCAUCCAUCGCUGAGGUCCCAAAGCCCCUCGAGAUCCAUCGAGAUCUUCUCAAGACCCCAAAAUCACCCAAAUUGACC